CACGUGCACUCCCCGUGGAGUCUCCCCGCCGCCUGCCUCCUCCGAAGCUGCCCAGCAGCGCAGCGGGAUUGGGAGCCCGGGCGAGACGGUGAAGCCGGCAGCUCGGCCCGAUUUGCCCCCCUUGCGCGGACGCCCUCGCCCCCAUGGAGAGGAACCCCGGCGGGGCGGAGUGCCGAUCCGCUUCCUCCUCUGCCUGGACGGCGGCCGUCGGUGCUUCCUAGGCUCCGGAGUCCAACCCGCUCCCGAGGCCGGCGGGGAGAUCCUUCAUGCCCCUUCUUGCUAAGUGCCAAACGGCAGGAUCUGCUUGGUCGCCCGCGGCUUCCCUGCGGAGUUACCCCGCCGCUCUUUCCCCACCUUGCGCCCCGCCUGAAGAUGCACUUGCGCGGGACUUUGCUGCUCCUCUCGCUCCUGAGCUUGGCCACCGUUAGCCUGUCGCUCUCCUCCUGCACGACGCUGGACCUGGAGCACAUCAGGAAGAAGAGGAUAGAGGCCAUCCGGGGCCAAAUCCUGAGCAAGUUGCGCCUAACCAGCCCUCCAGAGAGUGUGGGGCGAAGCCACGUGCCUUAUCAAGUCCUGGCUCUGUAUAACAGCACCCGGGAACUACUAGAGGAGAUGGAAGAGGAGAAGGAGGACAGCUGCUCUCAGGAAAACUCGGAGUCCGAGUACUACGCCAAAGAGAUCCACAAGUUUGACAUGAUCCAGGGCUUUCCCGAACACAAUGAGCUGCCGCUGUGCCCCAAAGGAGUAACUUCCAACAUGUUCCGCUUCAAUGUGUCUUCAGCAGAGACAAACAUCACCAACCUCUUCCGGGCAGAGUUUCGGGUCCUUCGCUUGCCAAACCUCAGUUCCAAACGUUCUGAGCAGCGUAUUGAACUCUUUCAGAUCUUGAAACCUGAUGAGCAUAUUGCAAAGCAGCGGUACCUAAGUGGCCGAAAUGUACUGACACGGGGCUCUCCUGAAUGGCUGUCCUUCGAUGUCACAGAGACUGUCCGUGAAUGGCUUUUUCAUAGAGAAUCUAAUCUAGGACUCGAGAUUAGUGUCCAUUGCCCAUGUAAUACCUUCCAAUCCAAUGGUGACAUUCUGGAGAAUCUGCAUGAGGUGCUGGAGAUCAAAUUCAAAGGGAUAGAUGGUGAAGAGAGCCAUGGCCGUGGGGAUUUGGGGAGCCUGAAGAGGCAAAAAGACCUACAAAACCCCCACCUGAUUCUGAUGAUGCUGCCUCCACAUCGUCUUGGAGGUUCAGCUGUGAGAAGCCAGAGAAAGAAACGAGCAUUGGACACCAAUUAUUGCUUCCGGAAUCUGGAGGAGAACUGCUGUGUACGUCGCCUCUACAUUGAUUUUCGUCAAGAUCUAGGCUGGAAAUGGGUGCAUGAGCCAAAGGGGUACUUUGCUAACUUUUGCUCCGGGCCAUGCCCUUACCUUCGUAGUGCAGAUACCACACACAGCACGGUUCUUGGUUUAUACAAUACUCUGAAUCCUGAAGCAUCUGCUUCCCCCUGUUGUGUUCCCCAGGAUCUGGAUCCCCUGACUAUCUUGUAUUAUGUUGGAAGGACCCCAAAAGUGGAACAGCUGUCUAACAUGGUUGUGAAAUCUUGCAAAUGCAGCUGAAAAGGACACAAUGCAAUUCCCAGCUCAGAAACUGCAACCACUACCCUUGAUCCCAGAGUAAAACUCAAUCCUAAACCCAUUUCUGCUUUCCUGAUUUUAUCACCUUGUUUCCUUAUUAAGGUUCCCCCUCCCCCCCCUCUAUGAAUGGAUAUUUGAGGAAAAUGGACACAAUAUUUUUAAUGGAUAAAGGCUACCAAAUAAGGGAUUUUUUCCAAGGAGGAAAUCAUGAGCAGAGCCGGAGCAUGCAGAGCAUAUAGGAAACCUAGACUUCUUUGCCCAUCACUAAUUGUUUCACUGAGGUCAACCUUUUUCGCAAGAGGAGGAUGGCUGCUUUCCUUUUAACUGGACAUAUUUUAUUAGCACCCAUAUCAUAAUGGAAGUCAUUAUUCUGCAGACAGUGAGCACAGGAAAUUUGUGGUCCAAAUAUGAAUCUUCUCUUCUCCGUUUACUCUUUCCUCCUGGAACACCUGCUGGAGGGCUUCUGCCACAGAGGUUCUGGCUUUGUCCCUCUAUCCCAACCCUAUUCUUUGGUAUCUUCAAAGAAUCUUGAGGCUGUUGUGGUGGUUGAGAUCUUCUUUUAAAAAACUCGGCCCAUCUUGUACAAGAACUUAGCUUAGGCCACACCUGCCAAAAUUUUAUACAAAAUGUUAAUCUGAAUACUGUAAAAAAAAUAAAUAUUUCUCUUUUGGAUGUUAGAAUUUUGUGUUCCAAGAAAGUUGUUUCCGUAUGAAAAGGAAGAGAUACAGCUAUGGAAGAACCCAUACAGGUCAAUCUAUAGCACUUAUUGCAGCAAGAAGUCAUUCUUGAUUAAAACCACAUUUUCAGUGACUGAGUGUCAUGAAGGAAAUGGCAAUGCUGGAAUGAGAUUUACACAAGCCAUUGGGAUCAAUUUGGUUCAGCUGUUGUUUCAUUCAUCAUUUGGUGGUGUUGGAUUAAUGUUUUAAUUUUCCUAAUUUGUUUUUAAAGAUGUGUUAAACCUAUGACUUAUAGACUUGUAGUACUUAUAUUAUUUUGAACUAGCCCCACUUAAAAAAAGAAAGAAAAACCA